AUGCCUGCCCUUCUUUCCUGGCUGCGACGCAUCUACUCGCUCGACACCCUCGACACUCGCUUUACCUCCACCGCCACCACCCCAGGCAACGCUGCCGCUGACACGCGACCUCCCUGUGCGAAAGAUGCCCGCGCCAAUGCUAUCGCCCAGAGUGCACCCGCUCCGCUCUGGCGCACGCCCGAGUUCUUCGUCUAUUACCUUUUCUUCAUCACACUCGUUCCGUUGAUGUUUAAGACCGUCGUGGAUGCUUCGAAGGACACCCACCCUAUCUAUCCCACAUACUCCCACCUCCUGUCACCAGGAUGGAUUCCUGGCCGUCUUGUUGACAACUCCGAUGCCCAAUAUGCGAGCUUCCGCGACAACAUCCCCUAUCUCCUGUUGCUCCUGAUUGCCCAUCCAAUUGCCCGUCGGGUCUACCAGUCCUUCACGAGUCGUUCCACCUCCGAAACCAAGCCCGCCCACCCUUCGGCGGCAGCGGCCGGUGAUGCGCAGCUAGAGCAACGGAUGCGCUUUGACUUUGGAUUUGGGCUAAUCUUCGUCACUGCGCUUCACGGAGUCUCAGCGCUCAAAGUCUUGCUGAUCCUGUUUAUUAACUACAAAAUUGGCAAGAACCUUCCCCGGUCUUACGUCCCUGCGGUCACAUGGACCUUCAAUAUCUGCAUCUUGUUCGCCAACGAACUAUGCGGAGGGUACCCAUUCGAAGUGAUUGCCACCAUACUGUCUCCGGGGUCCGGCUCGCCAGGGGAGAAGCACACUCUGCUUGUCGAGUGGGCGAAAGCACUCGAUAGCUUCGGUGGCAUUAUGCCUCGAUGGGAGGUUCUUUUCAAGGUCACCGUCCUGCGCUUGAUCAGUUUCAAUAUGGAUUACUAUUGGAGCCUGGAAUACCCCGCAGGGAGCGCGAUUGAACUGACCGAGUUCUACAAGAAGAAACAGCUCGACCCCGCGACCCUGUCUGACCGAGACCGUGUCAAAAUCCCCGCCGAGCCCUCUGCAUUCAGUAUGCGCAACUAUAUCGCCUACGUGCUCUACUCGCCAUUGUACCUGGCCGGCCCUAUUUUGACCUUCAACGAUUACAUGUCACAGCAACGCUACAAAGCACCCUCAUUGACGAGUACUCGCACUACCCUCUAUGGAAUCCGCUUCCUCCUCACCCUGCUCUGCAUGGAGCUUAUUCUCCACUACAUCUAUGCUGUGGCCAUCUCCAAGGCAUCGCCCGAUUGGUCCCUGUUCACUCCCGGCCAACUCAGUAUGCUGGCAUUUUUCAAUCUCCACAUCAUCUGGCUGAAGCUGCUCAUCCCCUGGCGCUUCUUCCGUCUAUGGGCCCUCAUCGACGGAAUCGACCCGCCAGAGAACAUGGUCCGCUGCAUGUCAAACAACUAUUCUGCCUUUGCCUUCUGGCGCGGCUGGCACCGCUCUUAUAACCGCUGGAUUGUCCGAUAUGUCUACGUGCCCCUUGGCGGAGGCGGUGGUGGACGACGGCCUGCUGGAUCAAAACCAUCCUCGUCUUCACCGCAGUCAGGCUUGAUGGCCAAGUUCCUCCAGAUCCGCAACUUCUUGUUGGUGUUCACUUUCGUUGCUUUGUGGCACGAUAUCAACCUGCGUUUGUUGAUGUGGAGCUGGCUCAUUACCCUCUUCGUUUUGCCUGAAGUUUUGGGUGGCAUGUUGUUCCCUGCUAGUCGCUGGCGCUCGCGGCCUACCGCGUACCGAGUCCUGAGUGGCAUCGGAUCGGUUGGCAACGUGCUCAUGAUGAUGAUUGCCAACCUGGUUGGCUUUGCACUCGGUUUGGAUGGCUUGCAGAACCUGCUUACUACCCUGACGGGAUCGUACUCGGGCGUUGCAUAUAUGAUUUCGUGUUGCGUAGUGCUGUUUGUUGGAGUGCAGGUCAUGUUUGAGAUUCGCGAGGAUGAGCUGCGAGCGGGUAUCAACCUGAAAUGUUGA